CCUACCUCAGUGCGGCGAGUUGCGUCACGUGUUUCUCUCCCGUACAAAUUUUCCAGUAGGGGAGCGAAUAGGAGCACACCCAUAUCAGCGAUUAUCAGCGACAGUUACUAUUUCCAGAUAGAAGAGGACCGCUGCAGUCGUCCUGGACCCCAAAAACAACUUUGCUUUCAUUUAUUCCCAAUCGGUGCGCGCCGGUUUUUGUGCGGCCCAGCGGACUUUUCCUCCUCUCCGCGCGGCCUCGUCUGUCACGAUCCGCGGACUGACGCGGUUUGCUCGCUGCGCUCUUCUCUUGAGGUUUGGACGCCUGGAGGACCGCACCGCUUUAUCACCCGACCGUCCUUAUCUGGAGAAGAUUUUCCAAGAACUUUAAAUCCUAAGAGAGACAGACAAACUCCACGGGAUUAGACGCGCCUUCACGCGUGGACACUUUCACCUCCACGGGCUGAGAGCAGCCUUAGAAACCGCCUCUGUAGUUCCCAUUCCCCAAAGAGGAUCUAAAAGUCGCAAACAUGUAUCAAAGCCUGGCGUUGUCCUCCAACCAGUCCCAUUACGCGCACGACUCUGGGAACUACGUCCACCCCCCCGCCAGCUCCCCGGUCUACGUGCCCAGCACCAGAGUCCCUGCCAUGCUGCCCACCCUGUCCUACCUGCAGCCCUGCGACUCCCCGCACCAGUCCCACGGCCUCGGCGGGCACCACGGCUGGCCCCAGGCCGCCGCGGACAGCUCGGGCUUCGCGCCCGGCAGCCCGCACCCUCCACACGGCUUCUCGUACUCUCACAGCCCGCCCGUCAGCAGCAACACCGGCCGGGACGCGGCCUACCAGAGCCCGCUGGUUCUGGGAAACGGCCCCCGCGGGGAUCAGUACGGAGGCGCGCUGAUGCGCUCGGUCGGAGGCUCCUAUUCCAGCCCCUACGCGUACAUGAGCCCGGAGAUGGCGACGUCCUCCUGGACGCCGGGGCCCUUCGAGGGCGGCGUGAUCAGCCUGCAGGGACGGCAGGGAGGUCUGCCCGGAAGGAGGUCGAGCCUGGACCUGAUGGACGACAUGCAGGCCGAGGGCAGGGAGUGCGUCAACUGCGGGUCCGUGUCCACGCCGCUGUGGCGCAGGGACGGCACCGGGCACUACCUGUGCAACGCAUGCGGCCUGUACCACAAGAUGAACGGCAUCAACAGGCCGCUCAUCAAACCGCAGAAGCGACUGCAGACCACGUCCCGCCGCGCCGGCCUGUGCUGCACCAACUGCCACACCAGCACCACCACCCUGUGGAGGCGCAACGCGGAGGGGGAGCCCGUGUGCAACGCCUGCGGCCUCUACAUGAAGCUGCACGGGGUGCCCAGACCGCUGGCCAUGAAGAAAGAGAGCAUUCAGACCAGGAAGCGCAAACCCAAGAUGCCCAAGAACAAAGCAUCCACAGGAGGAUCCUCCACCUCUGACACCGGCUCCCCCACCUCCCUGUCGCUGUCUGAACACGCCUCCGGCAUCAAGAGCGAACCCAACAUGGACCCUUCACCUUACGCCAGGAAGAGCAGCACAUCAGCCCCUCAGACGAAUCAAUUAACCAGCCCAGGAUCGGGACACGUGGACAUUAAGUACGAGGAUUAUCCCUUUACCCCGACCUCCAUGGCCCCCCAGAACUCCUGGUGCGCUCUGUCCCAGGCGUGAGCGGCUCCGACCCGGCAGAACCGAGCCACCCGUCCCCAUCCUCCCUCUGCGUUUGUGGAGAAGCGGCGCUGGCCCACACGCGUCCACAGAGCCUCAGCAGAAGGACACAAACUACCUACUACUCAGAGAAACCUCUCUUUUUACACUCUAUCCAACGCACCAAUGCAAAGACAAUCACGUGGAAUGUAAAGCGACGCGAUCACAGGCCCGACGCCGUUGUGACACGCGACGGCUGAUUUUACUGUUCGUCCCAUUGAGUUUUAAUUGCUGCCGCUGUUUCUGUGGUGGUUUGGAGGAGAAUGAUGCAAAGACAGAUUCGACACGUGACAGGGAGAAAACAGAGAAACCCAGAAAAUACCUUUUUAUGGCUUGUUGACUGUGUCUCAUUACCGCAGUGUAGAUCAUUAACUUUUACAGGCACAUUAUUUAUGCUGAGAUAAUGGCCGUUAAAGUCACGGUGGACACUGAAGCGGCCACUUAUGACCCACCGCUCUCCGUUGCAUAAGGGCCGCUGUGCUGUGUGGGUUAUAUGAGGGCUUUGUUUUCACCCACAGAAGGACGAUCAGAAAGUCAGGACGGCCUGUGUCGAUCCUGGCGUCACGGCUACAUAUCAAAGGUUUUAUGAAUUUUACAUGAAUGAAAGUGCAAUGACUCAUUUUUUAAAAAAAAUGUAACCUUGAAGUGUGAAAUUAUUAUAAACAAUUUAAUUUUAUUGGGGCUUUUUUUGUCAAUAUAAAGCAGUUUUAUUGUUAUAAUGUUCUUUUGUUGCAAUGCUCUUUGGAAUCUGUUCAGGUUAAUAAACUGAUUCACAUUCAUACAUUUGACAUAUAAAUAUU